AUGCCAUCUGAAAAAGAAGACGAAUUUCAGCCCAUUCUCGACAAAGUCCUCAAAGCCAACUACAAUGCUAAAAUGAGACAAUAUUGGGAGGAACGUCCCGAUGAUCCUGUUCGAUCCCCUUUCCGGUUCUAUGAUCGACACAUAAGUUCCAGCGAUUCGUUGCGCAACAUUGUACCAUUACCUUCCAUUCCACAUCUUCUAUCCAAGACCUGUGACUCCGCUAUCGAGGAUUUCAAGGCGAAAGGUCACAAAUUUCCUCCCAAUGAGCAUGACCUGAAUAUACCUUCAGUUAAAUUCACUGAUUCUGCUAGUGUCGGAAAGCAUUAUCUAUGGUACAUCGGGUCGCUAUGCAUUGCAUAUCUCUCGAAGCUACAAAUUCAUCCUCAUACCGAAUCCUGGCGAUCUGUCUUUACCUUUAAUUGGCAUUUGGACACCGAUACAUUCUAUGCAUCCAAAAUAUAUUUAACGGUGACACUGGAUGCAGAGGCAAGGGCAGUCAACCUAAACGACGAAAUCAAAGGGAAACUAUCGCAACCUACUCUCGACAAUCUGACAGCACUUUUAUUCAAGAUGCCCAAGAUGACUGCGUGGCACAUGUUCCCCAUGCUCGACACUUUUACAACAAUAUUUCAUAAUGUGACGAAGUAUGUCGGUUCGCUGAGUUGGCCGAUAUCGCGGACCACUGGAUACCGCUUCACAGCUCGAACGACUCCACCUCCCGAUUCGAAGAUUUUGACUAAUAUGCUGCCUGUUCCUGGUACGUAUCGCAGAGCGAAAUCGCAACUGGCCGGCGAACCUGCUUCGUAUAGACAACGAGUUGAGAAAUAUAGCAAAACUAUCAGCGUACCUUAUUCUACGCAACGCACACAAUAUCGCCCUGACUUUCGACAUUAUUUGCAGCAUGCCUGGGCUGAUGCUGUAAUGCACGAUAUAACAUUUAUUGUCCUGCACUGUGGCCGUUAUGAACGCAUUGGUAUUCGACAUAGGGCAUCCCAGACCCUGUACUUAUCUGGAGUAAUUGAUACAGUUAACAUCAAAGACCCUCACUAUCGGAAGAUUCACAUUGGCCUCUACAUUGCCACCUUGCAAGACGCAUUGGAACGUAUGAAACUCAGGAAUUCUGCCGACGAUAAGGUGGAUAUAAAGGGCAAAAAGCGUUCCUCGGUCAACGUGGAUGAUGCAGAGUCCUCUCGCCCAAAGAAAAGACGCAGAACAUCCUCUUCUCCUGCAUCGACCGAUAUUGGCAAAUAUCUCAUCGAUCGUAAACUCGCCCUCGUCAGCUUGGAUUAUGGCCCCUUCUCAUCUUCCGUGCCCUCUUCAUUCGUACGCAUUGGGGAAUCAUGCAAGCGUAAACAUUCCCGGGAGGCUACAGACUGGGUCAAGGACCCAACAAAGCAGCGAAAGUAUGCUGCACACGAAUAUUUUACCCUGACAUUAUUGGCGCCUUUGGGUGAUGGUUCGGUCGGUGUCUCUCAUCCUGCGCAGGCAGAAGUAAUACUGGAGUCAGGAGAAGUCAUCACAGAAACACUUGUUCUCAAGUUGGCUUUCAAUGAAAAAACACAGAAGAGGAUGAGACAUGAGUUUGCUAUUUAUUGUCGAAUGUCACGCGCGGGUGUCGAAGGGAUUGUGGAUGUUCAUGGCCUAUUUUUUGAUGCGGAAUCCAAUACAUUAGGUCUUCUCAUGGCUCAUGGCGGCGAAACGCUUCGAAACCGAGAUAUUGCGCGGACGGGGAUAUAUGGCGAUAAGAUCAGUGGCACAGUUGCAGAAAAGAAGGCAUUCGAGGAUAUUAUCAGAAAUAUUAACGAGGCAGAUAUCAGCCAUCAUGACAUCAGGCCUGAGAAUAUGACCAUUCGUUCAGACGGCAAGGCCUUUCUCAUAGACUUUGAUAGUGCUCUUUAUCAUUCUCCCUUUUGGUCUGUGGAGGACCAAUUGGAAAAUUUGGACAAUAUCUUUCAUAAACCUCUCUUCAAUCCGUUUGAUCGCUGGCAUGUAGCAGGGAAGUGA